UAUUUGUGGGUCGGGGGUCCCACAGAUGGGUCAGUAUUUGUGGGUCUGGGGUCCCACGGGUGGCUGUGGGGGGUAAUUUGUGGGUCGGGGGUCCCAGGGGUGGGUCAGUAUUUGUGGGUCGGGGGUCCCACGGGCGCCCCCUCCCCAGCCAUGGAGCAGCUCCGGGCGUGGCGGGGCCGCAUCGCGGCCGAGCUGGACGCGGUGGUCGCGUUCUGGGAGCGGCACUCGCACGACCCCGAGCACGGGGGUUUCUUCUCCUGCCUGAGCCGCGACGGUUCCGUCUACGACGACACCAAAUUCGUGUGGCUGCAGGGCCGCCAGGUCCGUGCCUGGGCGCGGCGCUGGGCGGAGGCCGUGUGGGGCUGGGCCCGGGGGGCUCCCAUGGAGCUGGGGCGCCCCCGGUUCGCGGGGACCCCCCCCCAGCAGGCGCUGGCCCAGGCGCUGAUGGUGCUCAAGGUGGGGCUGCAGCUCUGGGGGGACCCCGAGGGGGACCCCCAAAGUCAGCCCGAGCCCCUGGGCCAGGCCAUGGCCGAGUGGGGGGCGCAGCACGUCCUGAUGCACCUGCAGAGCAGCCCCGGGGGCUCCCCAAUUUCGGGGUCUCCCCCUCACGGGGGUCUCCCCAAUUUCGGGGUGCAGCGGGGGGACUCGGUGGUCCUGGAGAACGUCACCCCCGAGGGGGGGGAGCUGCCGGGGAGCCUCGGGCGCCUCAUGAACCCCGGCCUGGGCGCGGCGCUGGGCGGAGGCCGUGUGGGGCUGGGCCCGGGGGGCUCCCAUGGAGCUGGGGCGCCCCCGCCAUUUUUCCCCAUUUUCCCCCAUUUUUCCCAGCUGGAGUGGUCCAUGAAGCUGUGGUGGCCCCACGCCGAGGCCAUGGUUGCCCUCCUGGCCGCCCAGCGCUUCCAGCCCCAGCCCAGUUUGGUGUCCCAGUUCCUGCAGGUGGCCCAGUACACCUUCGACAAGUUCCGUGACCCCGAGCACGGCGAGUGGUUCGGGUACCUGAACCGCGAUGGCUCCGUGGCGCUUUCCAUCAAGGGGGGGCCCUACAAAGGCUGUUUCCACGUGGCGCGGGCGCUGCUGAUGUGUGAGGAGAUGCUGGACGCCAUCUUGGAAGGGGAGGAGUCUCAGCAAUAAAUUUGGGAUUUGGCAGCCCCAAAAUAAAUUUGGGGGUCCCAAAAAAAAGUCGAGAUUUACCCUGAAUUAAGCUGAGACCCUCCCCCAGUAAUCGCCAUAAAAGUGGAGAACGAAAAAGUUCAAAUAAAGGGAAAAAUGCACAAUAAAUUCAUGGAACACUCCCUCACA